GGAUUGUUAUGGCAUGCAUUGUUUUGAACUUUAUUUUCUUUGCAAUGUUAGGUCCGAGUGAUGAUGGAUUUAUGUAACAGCACAAAAGGGAUGUGUUUAACAGGUCCCCCUGGCCCCCCAGGGCCUCCUGGACUGGAUGGAAUGCCUGGUCACAAUGGAUCAGAUGGAGUUCCGGGUAUACCAGGACAAAAGGGUGAACCAGGAUUAAAUGGAAAAAGAGGAAAAACAGGUGUCCCAGGACCAAAAGGUGAUCAAGGAGCAAAAGGAGAACCAGGAGAAAUGGGUUUACCUGGCAAAGAUGGUAUGCCAGGAGGAAAAGGUGCAAGAGGAGCAAAGGGUGAUAAAGGGGAUGCAAACAAUGAUGUGAUAUUAGAAGGUGCAAAAGGUGAACCUGGACCACCAGGGCCUCCUGGACCACCUGGGCCCCCAGGACCCCCGGGAAAACGUAAGAGUAAAGCCCACCUUCAGGAGAACGUGUACAGCAGCAAAUGCACAGGUGAGACACGUGCUGUUCCAAAUGAUGACACUUUGGCUGGAAAAGCUGAAGAGAGAACCAGUGAUCAUUCAAAAAUACCUGAAUGUGUUGUAACAUCUGUGGGAAGUCCUGUUCACCUGGUCACUGUGCAACAAACAUUUGGAACUUGGAUGCGGGAACCUGCUAAUAUAAGUGAUGAAAGGAUUUGGCUUACCAUGCAUUUUUCAGGAAACUCUAUAAAAGAAUAUGAGAAUUCCAAUGCCUUGCUGAAUGACAGCUACAGGAUCAUUAACAUCACAGGGUUCUUUUAUGGCUGUGGUCAUGCAGUCCAAAACAAUCACCUGUACUAUCAAAAGGGAGGAACCAAUGUCAUUCUGAAACUCGGACUUGAUAAAACAUCAGCGGGCACACUGGUAAUUGAAAAUGCCUUAUAUCAUGGUCGUAACUAUCUCUUUGCUAACUCGAAGACAUAUUUCAAUGUAGCAGUGGAUGAAAAGGGUCUUUGGAUUAUAUAUGCCUCAAGUACUGAUGAAAAUAUAAUAGUAGCACAUGUUGAUGAAGAAACGUUUUCAGUCAUGCGGCAUAUCAACACUACAUAUCCCAAGUCCAAGGCUGGUAAUGCAUUCAUAGCAUGUGGAGUUUUGUAUGUGACUGAUACUAAGGAUAUGACAGUAACUUUUGCUUUUGAUUUAUUGAAAGAGAAGCAAAUUGAUGCAAGCUUUGAGUUACGCUCUUCACAGGCUGUUCUUGCUAUGCUUUCAUACAGUUUAAGAGAUAAGAACUUGUAUACAUGGGAGAAUGGGAGUUUAAUGAUAUACCCCGUGCGUUUUGGCAGAUGAAUGUACUAUGAGGCGGUGCGUCGUGGGAGCAAUGUUUGGCUAAAUAGAUUA